CUGACAAGCCCUUCUACUUCCUUUUUUUGCUAAUUGUAUACAACUUACUUUGAAAGCCGUUUCCAUUCCCUGCACACAGACUCCAGCGGGUGGCCAAAGGGACUUCUCUUCUCGGAUAGCUGACCCGGGUCCUCAUGCUGCUGUGGUCACUGCUGGUCAUCUUUGCUCCAGUCGAUGGAAAAUCAGACUGGCUGACCCUCGUGGCUCCCUCUGCCGUCUUUGAAGGAGACAGAAUAGAUCUGACAUGCCAGAGGAAAAACGACUGGUGGAAAGUCAAGAGGGUGUCAUAUUACAAGGACGGAGAAGAGUUACAGUUUUCAAGUGAACUCUCCAACUUUUCUAUCCAAAGAGCAGUUUUGAGUGACAGUGGCACUUAUCACUGUGCUGUUGCUCCUGUUUGGCCUCUCUUUCCUUUCCAAAAGGAAAAAACCUCAAGAAGUGUAAGGAUUGAAGUUCAAGAGCUAUUUCCACGCCCUGUGCUCACAGUCAGCCCCUUCCGGGCCAUCGAGGGGAACCCAGUGACGCUGACCUGUGAGACCAAGCUUUCUCCACAGAGGUCAGAUGCCCAGCUCCGAUUUUGCUUCUUCAGAGAUGGUAGAGCCCUGGGGUCCGGCUGGAGCAGCUCCCCAGAGCUCAGGGUCCCUGCCAUGUGGAGUGGAGACUCAGGGUCCUACUGGUGCGAGGCAGAGACAGUGACUCCCAGCGUCAGAAAACAGAGCCUCCAGUCGCAGAUUCACGUGCGGAGAGUGCCUGUCUCUAACGUAAGCUUAGAGAUGCGGGCCCCCAGGGGCCAGGUGAUCGAAGGAAGGAACCUGGUCCUGCUCUGCUCGGUGACCGAAGGCACAGGAAACAUCACAUUUUCCUGGCACAGAGAGGCCACAGGAACCAGUGUGGGGAAGAAGACCCAGCGUUCCCUGUCGGUGGAACUGGAGGUCCCAGCUGUGCAGGAGCGCGAUGCUGGCCGUUAUUACUGCAGAGCGGACAACGGCCAUGGCCCCAUCCAGAGCAAGGUGCUGAGUAUCCUUGUGAGAAUCCCAGCGUCCUGCCCAAUCCUAUCCAUCACAGCACCCAGGGCCCAGGCCGUGGAGGGGGACGUGGUGGAGCUUCGCUGCGAGGCCCAGAGGGGCUCUCCCCCCAUCCUGUACCGGUUUUAUCAUGAGGACGUCCCCCUGGGGAACAGCUCAGCCCCCUCUGGAGGAGGAGCGUCCCUCAACCUGUCUCUGACCGCAGAACAUUCUGGAAACUACUCCUGCGAGGCCGACAAUGGUCUCGGGGCCCGGCGCAGCGAGGUGGUGCCACUCAGCCUCUCAGGGACCAGCAGCUACAGAGAAGAACAGGUCACAGACAGAGCUCUCGGGCUGCUGGGUGUCCCUGCUUGUGUUGCUGCUGCUCUGCUGUUUUACUGCAGGUUCCACAAGACACGGGGUAGACACUCUGUCACUAAUGCACUCAGAGAUGUUCCCAGUGCAAAUUCUCAGGCGUCCACCCCCUCCAGCCCAUCCCCAGCCAUCGAGGACCUGCAGCCAGAUUAUGUCAAUGUGGACCCUGGAGAUGGGGAUGUGGCUUAUUCCUUUGUCUGGAGCGUCCAGCUACCAGAAGACUCAGAAAACACCAGAAGGACAAUUCUGGAGAACAAGGACCCCCACGUCAUCUACUCUGGCGUGAAGGAGAUGUAACACUUGGAGGAAUGGGGGGCAGAUCACCAACAAAGAUGGAACAGCACUAAAGGCUAUAUAAAACCUUAUAAAGACGCCCAACCCUCAUGACCUCUCACAGACAGAAUGUGCUCCAGGGGAUAAGCAGGCUGCCAUUUUUGUUAUGUUCUUUCCCAAUGUCUCCUUCUGUUCAUUCAACAUUAGUUGAAGUGUUAUUGUACCCCAGAUACCGUGCAGUGAGAUUAUCUCUGUUACCUGCUCUUAAGGUUCAAUGUUCGAAGAGUUGAGAAAGAGAAAUGAAUAAGAGAGACGAGCUUUUGCCUACACCUACUCUGAGAUGAUGUGAACAGAAUCCAUUUCUGGGCUUUGCUUUCUCUUCCAAACUGGGACCUCAUUGUCCUUUGUCUCCACAGAACUCUCAAGUUUUAAAUGAAUCCUCUCUUGCUUUUGUGAGAAUGUAGGGUUGAGUUUGUGGGAGGGAACAGCAUCUUGAAUGAGCUUGCUUUAUUUGUCCAUUCUUGAAUGUUUGGUUUGUACCCUGAUUCACAUUGAUGUAGAAGCAACAAGGGUAUUUACCUCUGUUUGAAAUGGUCAGUGGCCAUUACAUUCAUUGUAACGUAAUCAAUUCACAUUGCUGUAAAAACAACAAGGGUAUUUAUGUCUGUUUGAAAUGGACAAUGACCAUUACAUUCAUUGGCACCCUCAUGUAAGGGGUAAGAAGACCACAGCCCUUGAGACCCUUUGCCUGGGGCAGUGUCCCAACCCCACCCCCCACUAAUCACAUGGUCUUGAACCAACCACUUAACCUCCCUGUGCCUCCGUUUCUUCACCUUUAAAUGGGAAAAACCUACAGGUUAUUAUGAGGAUUAAAUGUUCAUAAAUCACCUGGAACAGUGUCUGGCAUGGUUAGCACUAAAGAAGUAUUCCUUAAAUAAAAUAUGCAUAACGAUCACUUAGCCUCAAGCCCGGUACAAAGAAAGUUCGAAACGUUGAGAUGAGAAUCUCUAACAAAAUGACUAUCAAAUACAAGUGUCAGAAUCUUUACUGAAAUACCUCCUCAGUUAGCAUCUCUUAUAAUCCACUCCCUGCUAAAGGUAGGUCACCAACGGGAAGGACAUAGUUGACUGCAGGCUUGGGUUUGAUCAUUAAUCUACACAGAGAUAAUUUGGAAUAUUUCAUAAGCCACACACAUCAAAUUUGAAGCGUACCAGAAAAAAAUAAAUAACUAAGAAUGGUUACAAUGAUUAUUUCAAUUUUAUGCUGAGACGAUGAUGCAAUCUUGGCAAGACCACCAAACUACUGAGCUCUGAGCAUCAGGGACUGAGAACUAGCAUGAUCUCAACAAUCUAAUUGUGACAGGGUGAGGGUAAUCUCAGUCUGACCGUUAACCCUGGUACCAUUUUAGCAGUGAUGAACCUCUCCUUGCUGUUCUUUACACCCAACUAUCCCUGGAGGGUAUACACAGCCUCGUGAUUAAUAGUAACUCUGCUGUGAAAACUUCUAGGGAACAUACCAAGACUAUAUAUUAGGGACCUAGGUAAUUUGAUGUAUCUCUGCUCAGUCUCCCACUAAGCCACUCCAAGUCACAUUUAUUCAUUACAAGUUACUUAUCUAGCUAUUUCUGGCUUGCGAGAACCAGUGGGAAAUUCUAGGCAGUCAGGUCAGGAAUCCUUCCAUGUUACCAGGGUCUGUUCCAAUGGCUAAGUAGCCAGUGACCACGCUGAACCAUAGAUGGGGACUGCCUAAGAGCUGACACUUAACGCUCCUCUGGUCCACACACUUCACACACAUGCCUACAACCUGUUCUGCAACCUGAGGGGCUGACACUUGGAGCUGAGGGGAGCCACCAAAACCUACGGAUUUUAAUACAUAAGGUAAUAGAUCUUCAUUGUAGAAAAACUGGAAAUACAGACAAUGAAAAAGAUAACUAUUAAACUCACUCCUACUUCCAUCACCCAGACAAUUUUACUAGUGUUUCAAGAUCCGUCAGCCAGAAUGUCUUCUAUGGAUGUGCUCUCAUAUACCUAAAUAGGUGAUUUUACUUAUUUAGUUUUAAAUGUUUAUUUAUUUUUGAGAGAGAACGCAAGAGCAUGUGAA